AUGGCGUUUUUUCGAUCAAUACUUGAAAAAAUCUCUAAUAUCAGUAAGAAUAAGUAUCCUGUUCCUCAUAUUGAAGGAGCUGAUUUGAUCAUUGUCGACUCUUCAGCCUUAUGUUGCCCGGUUUGCUUCAAUGUUUAUUCCCACGCUCCCCUAAUACUGUCUUGUGGUCAUACAUUCUGUUCUCUCUGCAUUAAAGGAAUAACGUCUCGUGAUCAUUUGACUGAAAGGGUGAAUAAUGACCUUACCUUCUCCUGUCCUAUGUGUAGGGAGCGCUGUUCUUCCAAGAGAAUUGUAAAAAACUAUGUUGUCGAAGACAUUCUGAGCAAAGUUGGAGAUUUGCCUAAAGAUGAGAAAGCAAAGGAGGUAGUGCAAAUAGCUACAUUAAAACUAUCUAAACAACGAUUAGAAUCAAAGUGCCAAGAACAAGCAUCUGUGAUAGCUCGUUAUAAGCGGGCGAACGAAGAAGUUAAGCGCCGUGAAUUCCGGAACUAUUCCCUUUUCCUAAUUUCCUUUGCAUUGUACAUAGUAUUGUCUAAGUAUUUCGGAUAUUUCCGUUAA